CCCCCGGUGAUCUGUUUGUUCUAUCCGUCCCUGGUCUCCACCGAGCCCCCCACUAAGAGGGUGCUAGGCUGUGCAAAGCACUCCAGGAGGUGCUUGAGGAUGCUGGGGUGCCGGUCCAGCCGACGCCAGUCCUCAGUGCCGCUCACCUCACCGUACUUGCCGCAAAUGAAACGAGCCGCCGAUUCCUUGAGCCUCGGCUCAUUGUGCCUACACAGUUACCAAACAAUCGAAUAUAUAUUGAGGCGACAGACGCUCGCACACACGCAAGGAAAGGGUUUGGUUCCAUCCACCCACGUACCUGCCUACCUAUCUGCCUCGAUGAGCACCCGCACGACCGAGUCUGGCCGCAUGUUGCGCUCCAACACCGACGCACACUUGAGCUUCAGACCCUGCAACGCAUACCUGCACAGACACACACACACUCGGCAUCGACGGUAUACACCGGUCCUCCCUUGGUUGGAUCUGUGUCUGUGUGUAUCCCAUCACUGACUUGUCCGCAGCUUGGAAGAGCGCCAGGACGGAGUCGAAGGGCAGCGGCUGCUGGGUGACCUCAUCACAACUACAGCCAGGCGGACACACAGGCAUCCACCCGUGCGUACAGGCGGAGGAUGGAUGGGUGGGUGGGCGAUUGCCUGUUGGCUGGCCCGGCCCAUCUGUCCCACACCACCACCGAGUUCAUUCCUUACCUUUCUGUGUAUAUGUAUUUGAGGAGCGACUGGAUGGUCUCCGGUGUGUCCCAGAGGUGCACCGUGCCCAUCGACGACUCCUCAAAGCGACCACCAAACAUUGCAGCAAACACCUGCAGUGCACACACGGACAGACAGACAGACAGACAGACGCCAGCACACAACACGCAACAACACAACCAUGAUUGCAUUGCACCUACGGGUUGAUGGGUGCACGUGAGCAGGGAGGGGGACAGUGUGAUUGAUGUGAGGGGCGUGUGUGGUGUGCAAAUGUCACUGCCUCCCUGCCUCCCCUGCCGACCUACCGUGGAUCUGGCUGCGAGUAUGCAUUUAUGUGCUCUGAAUUGGUGUCCUUCGGUCACGAGUGUGAUGUCACUGUAGGAUGCCAUGGAGGACUCGCUCUCGCGAGGCACCAGCCACCUGUAGCCAUACAGACAGACAUAAACCACACAGGCACACAUCACACAACCAACACAACUACAGCUGGCCGGACGAUAGGCUCCAUCAUCGUGCCUUGGUGUGUAUGUAUGUGGCGUGGCGGACCUCAAGUCUUGGCUGAUGGUCUCUGGAUUGGCUUUGGGUGCGGGUGGCUCGGCAGUGGGCUCGUGCUCGCAAUCUACACGUGUACCCAAGUCAGUCGGAUGGGAGGGAGGGAGGUGGGAGUUAGGACAUUAUAAUCAUAAACGUGGCCGGCUGGGCCGAUUGGUAUGGAAUGUCGCGUUUCUGAGUGGCCUGCCUUACCUGGUAUGACGGCUAUCUCGCACUUGAGGCGAAAGGUGUCCUCCAAAAUGUACUCAUUCCACUGAUCAGCUGCAGCCAUACAUCCAUCCAUCCCAUGCAAUGCACAAACAACACUUCAGAGGCUGCCUGGCUGGUUGGUCUCAGCUCGAUGGCCCGUCGGCGGGCAGGUAGGUACCUACCUGUGAGGAACUGUGAGAAUCCGCGAUUGGACUCUUUGCCCUCGUUGUGGGAGAACUUCCUCAAACGCGUCUGCAUGCGGGUCUCACUUACUGCAGGCAACACAACACAACACAACGCAACACGCAAACCAGCACGUGUGUAGUUUACUGGUUGGUUGGUUUGUUUGUGGUGUGGUGUGGUGUGCUGCCUCACUCACUGACUGACUGAACCCCCCAGCGCAGUGACUUAAGUACUUUCGUUGUGUUGUGGGUCGAGGCACACAAAUGCGCACUUGGCGACGACAUCGCUGUGGGUCAUGAGGUGGGCAAACACCGACACGCAACCCUGGUUCUCACUACCUGCAACGCCAACGCCACCCAGUGGAGGGAGGGAGGGAUGCAUGGAUUGACACGCACGACAAUCGAUCUUGCUGCCGGCUGUCUCUCUCUCUCGGCGUUGGCUUGACUGGUGUAUGUGGUGUGUGAACAGGGCUGACUGACCGCCCUCGCCACUGGGCCAGACGCAGAUGGACCACUUGCCCACAUCCUCCCUCGCCGCUAUUGUCGCGUCCGCCCCGCCCAUACUCUCAUUGCCAUCUUCACCCCCGUUGCCCGCCAUGUGGCCGCGUGAGGGCACCAGCUCCGUGGUCGACCCACUGCCGGCCGCCCCUGCUGCAGCCGCGGCGGCGGCGGCGGCCGGCGGUGUGGUGCUGAUCUCGUUGCCAUCGCCAUCACUACUGCCGUCCCCGCCUGCCGGCUCCGUGGGGAACGUGGGACUAAACAACCUGCUCAGCUCAGCCAGCCGAACACGCCACAAAAGACAAUUCCACGAGCAGGGAUGAAUCUGCCGGUCGUGUGUUGUCGUGUGAUGCCUGCCUGCCUGCCCGCCCAGCUCCCUACCUACCUACCUGUCGUCCUCCCCGACUUGCUCGGCAGUCGCCCGGGCGCGGAGAAGGGAAAAGUUCUUGAUCUCCCAUCUGAUCAAUAGACCAGGCCAUGGCAUACACGCGGCACACAGGCAACCAUUCAUUCCUCAAGCAUACAUGUGAUGUGAUCUGUAUGCAUCUUCGUUGGCUGGCGGCCUCACACGUAUGAGAUUUGCAGCUCGUUGGUCACCGUGAUGCAGUCAACGCGCAACCGCCGUUUCUUCUCAGGGCGCGUCCCCUCAUCCAUCUAUCACCGCGGUGCCCCGG